AUGGCCUCAUCAAAAGUCGCCCAACAAUAUUGGAGAAGUCUGGCCCGCCCCGGACGUGCAGGGGCCGGAGCCGCAUUGCAAGCGUCGGCCCCGACUAACACCAGCAUGGUCAAGUAUCGGAACAGCACAAGCUCGUCUUCGUCAACGGAGGACAAGAGAGAAAGGGUAGUCAUCCUAGGCUCGGGAUGGGCGGGUUACGCCUUUGCUCGCGAACUCGACCCAAAGAAAUAUGAGCGCAUCCUCAUCUCACCACGAUCAUAUUUUGUCUUUACUCCCCUGCUAGCUUCAACAUCAGUCGGCACCCUCGAGUUCCGUUCAACGCUCGAGCCAGUCCGCCGGCUGAACCUCGACGCCUUCCACCAGGCGUGGGCCGACGACGUCGACUUCUCCCGCAAGCUCGUCCGCAUCGAAAAGGUCACUUCUGAAGACCCCACCUCCAAAACUCUGCCCGCAAAGCAGCACCAGCCCAAGGGCGAGACGAUAGACGUGCCGUACGACAAGCUGGUCAUCUCCGUCGGCGCCUACUCGCAGACAUUCGGCAUCGAGGGUGUCAAAGAAUACGCCAACUUCCUGAGAGACAUUGGCGACGCGCGGAGCAUUCGUCUCAAGGUCCUGCAGCUGUUCGAGAAGGCGAGCUGGCCCACCGCAACGGACGCACAGCGCCGCGACCUCUUGCACUUUGCCGUCGUGGGCGGAGGACCAACAGGCAUCGAGUUCGCGGCUGAGCUGCACGACCUCAUCCACGAUGACCUCUCCAAGAUCUACCCGCACCUGAUGGAGUUCGUGUCCAUCACAAUCUACGACAUCGCGCCAAAGGUGCUGCCGAUGUUCGACCAGCAGCUCGCGACGUACGCAACAGAGCAGUUCCGCCGCCAGGGCAUCUCGGUCAAGACGGAGCACCACCUGCAGCGCAUUCGCCCGGACGACAACGGCGGUCUGAGGCUGAAGAUCAAGGAGUACGGCGACGAGGAAGUGGGUGCCGGCAUCUGCGUCUGGAGCACCGGCCUCAUGCAGAACCCGCUUAUCCAGACCCUCGUUGCCAAGGAGCUUCGUAGUCCUACGGAGAAGGAGGGCGAGACAGUGACCAUCAAGAAGGCGGAGCGGAGCGGUGGAAUUAUCACGGACCCGAUGCUCCGCGUCCGUCUUAAUGACCCGGCAAACGAGAACGCUCUACUCCCUGAUGUGUAUGCUAUGGGCGACUGUUCUAUCCUUGAGAAUCAGACUUUGCCGGCCACCGCGCAGGUCGCCAGCCAGCAGGCCAAGUACCUCGCCAAAACCUUGAACCGUGCCACUGGCGGUAAGGAGCCGGCACCGUUCAGCUUCCGCAACUGGGGCGCCAUGACUUAUCUCGGCUCAUGGCGUGCUAUUCACCAGAGCUCAGCUGAUGAGCUCAAGGGCCGUGCUGCUUGGAUUCUGUGGAGAACAGCGUAUCUUACCAAGUCCAUGAGUAUCAAGAACAAGGUGCUUGUUCCUUGGUAUUGGUUCAUUACUUGGGUUUUUGGACGCGACAUUUCUCGAUUCUGA